AGGUUUGCUUCAACGACUGACAUUAUCACCAAGAAAGACCCUGCCGUUGGCAUAGGUGCCAAGAGCAGGAAGAAGCAACAGCAACAGCGUCCGACCCUCAACAAGGUUGGUGUUCCCCAUGAUCCAUACAUCCCUGUCAGCUACUCCCAUCUCCCGCUUUCGGCCCCACUCAAGACCCUCCGUGCUCUGUGGAGCAGAGUGAAGCUUUUCUGCUUCAACUGGGUGCAAGUGUACCAGUUUAAAAGCGGGAUGGGCAAAGGCUACAAGCCGCAGUUUGUGAAAUGGAAAAAUAGUGCCAUCACCGAGUUUGUCAAGGUUAACAAGGCAUUUGCGGAACGUAAAGUGGAAAGCGUUCGUAGCGAUGUGUCCGAAUUCGUGUACUUCCAACUAGGCAAGAGACAGGCUGCGUUGCCAAAGGCUUUGAUCCAGUGGGAACUUGUCAAGUUCAACUCCCCGCCAAAGCUCUUGUCUUUCAACGCCUUUCCUCACGAGGACGGCUCGACCCUACUUUGUCAAAUCAUCUACCAAUUCAACACAAAACAAAAAUGGAUCAUUAAGAAACGUGGCGAAACCGAAUUCACAGAAACCGAAAGAGACAUGAUAGAAUAUCUGGCUUUCAACAUUGACCCAUAUACAGACCACGUAGUUUUGGCAGGCUCUGUCUUUGAAGCACCUUUGGACAGAAAAUUAGAGUCCAAGAUUGUGUCUUCCCAGCAGAGAGCGCUAGAAUACAUGAACACUAACGGAGACAUUUACAGAACAGAGCCAACU